CCAAAAUUUCUUUGUUUCUAUUGGGCAGUCAAAAUUUUAAAUUUUAUUAAAAUUAAUAUUGAUAAUGCUACCCAUCGAUCCCAGCAAUGAAGUCGCCUAUUCGUUUGUUGUGUUUGGCGCAUCGGGUCGUUUGGCGCUGAGCAGAAUCUUUCCGGCGCUCUGGCAACUCUAUCGCGAUAAUCGUCUGCCCCAGGCAACCAAAAUCUUUACAUUCUGCCGCACCAAGCUCGAGCUUAAAACGUUUCGCAUCAAGUGCGUGCCGUACAUGGGCCUGGAGAGGGACCGCGAUCCAAUCUUGUACAAUAGCUUCUGGUCCAAUGUGCAUUGCUGUGACGGCCAAUACGACAACCCGGAGCACUAUGCGAAUCUUACGGCGGCCAUGGUGCGCCAGGAGAAGAGGCACGAUAUGCGGUUUGCCAAUCGCAUAUUCUAUCUCGCUCUGCCGCCUGUCGUCUUUGACCAGGUGACCCUCAAUAUCGCGCGCAAGUGUCUCUCAGCCACCGGCUGGAAUCACGUCGUCCUGGAGAAGCCCUUUGCCAGAAAUGAUAUAACCUACAAAGUAUAUCAGACACAGCUCUGCCAGACGUUCAAGGAGUCCCAGAUCUAUAUGAUCGACCACUAUCUGAGCAGACAAGUGAUUCACAAUAUGUUUGUGCUGCGCUUCACCAAUCUCAUCUGGGCGGACACGUGGAACAACAAGCACAUCGCAGCGAUUAUGAUUAGUGUGAAGACCGAGCUCCCAGUGCAGGCGCGCGCUGAAUAUUUCAAUCAGUUUGGCAUCAUACGCGACGUUAUGACCAACCACAUGAUGCAGCUGGUGGCAAUGCUCGCCAUCGAGCAGCCGUACAGCAGCAACGUGGAGGACAUGCGCGACGAGAAGCUGAAGGUGCUUAAGCAAGUGCUGAACGUCGAUAUGAGCGACGUGUUGCUGGGGCAGUACUGCAACAACGGCAGGGAGUCUGAUCCCGUCAAGGUGGGCUACACGCAGCACUCCUACAUACCCAAGGACUCGUUGACGCCCACCUUUGCGAUGGUUGUACUGCACAUCAAUAGCAAGCGCUGGCGCAGCGUGCCCUUCAUCUUGCGCGUGGGCAAGGCGCUCAACGAAACCAAGACGGAGGUGCGAGUGCAGUACAAAUCGACGGACUGCAAUCACAGUGGCAGCAGCUCGAGUAUACCCAAUGAGCUGGUGUUGCGUUUGUCGCCGCGCGAACAGCUCUUCAUGCGCAUGAUGCAGAAGCGACCGGGACCGCACAUGUGUCUCAGGGAAACGGAACUGGACCUGAUCCUGCGCGAUAGAGCAUUGCCCAUCAACUAUCAGGCUCUGCUACUCGACAUCUUUGCUGGCAAUCAGAUGAUGUUCAUGCGCACCGAUGAGCAGUGCGAAAUCUGGCGCAUAUUCUCGCCAGUGCUGGCCGCAAUCGAGUAUGAGCGCACGAAACCCAUACUCUAUGACUUUGGCUCUUGCGGACCCAUGGCCGCAUACGAAAUGGCAGCCAGACACGGCUUUAAAUUUUACCAAUCUGACGAAUGGCAUGCCAGCCGGGGCAACCCCAAUGCCGAUCCGACCGUCUCUGAGAAUUCCAAGAAACCAGCUGUAAAUCGAGGUCUGCUAGCGACCCCAGCUUGGAUGAAUCCAGUCACGUAGGGUAGCGGAAGAAGCUAAGCUUUUGUCUAAAGUCAGUUUUAGUUAUAGUCCCUUCUGGUAUAUAUGUAUAUAUAUAGCAGAUGCAUUUAUGUCAUAAAUUGGUUCAACGCAAAUUUAAUAAAAUUUACCACGCAAAAGUUUUUUAAUUAACCUCCU